AUGUCUACAGAAGAAGAGACUAAGUCCUUGGGGGAAUAUGCUAUUCUUCUUAUGCAAGGCCUUCUCUCUAGCAUCCGAAGACCUACAAUUCAAGUUAAUAACUUCAAGAUCAAGCCUACAAUCAUUCAAAUGAUUCAAACUUUAGUGCAAUUUGGUGAGUUACCCAAUAAUGAGAUGAAUGUUCACAUUGUGAAUUUCCUAGAGUUUUGUGAUACUUUUAAGCAUAAUGGGGUCUUAGAUUAUGCUAAUAGAUUAAGGCUUUUUCCUUUUUCGUUGCGAGACAAGGCAAAGAAGUCACUUUAUGAAGCUUGGGAGAGAUACAAGGAUUUGCUUAGAAGAUGCCUUCACCAUGAGUUACCGAAAUGGCUGCAAGUAAAGACUUUCUACAAUGGGUUGUUAAGUCCAAUCAGAACCACUAUCGAUGCUGCAGUAGGUGGAGCAUAUGAUUUGUUAGGGGAAAUGCCUUAUAAUAAUUAUCAAUGGUUAUUUGAGAGAUUGGUGCCAAGGAAGGUUGUGGGUGUUCAUGAGCUAGAUGUAAUUACUGCCUCAACUACACAGGUUGUUGCUUUGUCUAAGAAAUUUGACACUUUGGAUGUUCAUGCCAUUCAGAGCCCUUUUAUGACAUGUGAGCUAUGUGGGGAAGGGCAUGUUAAUGAUCAUUGUCCUACUAAUGCUGAGUCAGCUCGAGAUGUUGGAAAUUACAAUAGGCAGCAUAAUAAACCUUAUUCCAACAAUUUUAAUCCUAAUUAG